AGUGCUGACAGACCCCCCAGCGAAUAAAUAGGAGUGACACUGCAGAAGAAGCUUCAGUUUCAAUUUAUCUUCGCGAGAAGAAGGAGCAAUAAGUGAUAAAAUCCGCGAAUUUUCCUAUUAACAUCACCCACGCACAAUCAAUCUACACAAUGGCAUUGCAUCUGCAGCAUUUAUUGAAGAAUUCAGUGGAUAAACUGGGAGGAACAUCGAGGUCAUUCUCAAAGAGUAUUUUCACAAAACCCGUUGGACUUUCAUCACCCUCAAUUCAUGUCAGUGCCCAGAGAGAUUAUCCACAGGCAGCUGAAUUGCCACUUCCUCCCAAUAUUGAUCCCUCGGAGACAAUGCGCUUCUCGCCACAGCGCUCCAGGGAUAUCUCCAGCACUGCCAUGGUCUGCCAUGAGGCCAUGCAGGUGCGGGAGGUUGAUGUAACGCUGAACAGUGAAUCAGUGGCUGAUCCUCAUGUGGAUCAGUAUGAUUGCACUGGAGCUGUUCAUCUCAAUUGCUCCAUGCAGAGCAAUGUGCCUCAGCCCUUCAGUGGCGGCAGUAAAUCCAUGCAUCUCAAUAUGCCCGGAGGGCAAUGGAGUCAAUUCACCAAAUUCACAGCUGCUGAUCUUCAAGAUCAUCACUACAUGAGUCUACGACGGGAUCUCAAAGGUACGUCCGGACUUGGCGUCAAAUGCUCACUAGCUCAUGUACUAACCCAGACAGUGAAUCAGAAUGCGCAUUUCUUAUUGCCACUAACGCAUGAGAAACUCUCUGUGCGAUUGUGUGCUACGAAGGAGGCCCCCAAAGGCCCCCAAGAUACCCCUCAAACAGGAAAGGAAUUGUCCAAGAAGGAAAAACUGAAGAUUGCCGUUAAGGAUUACGGAGCCACUGUGAUUGUUUUUCAUGUUACAAUUUCAUUGGCUUCCCUAGGACUCUUCUAUCUGCUGGUAUCCAGUGGAUUAGAUGUUAAGCAGAUUCUUCAAGCUCUCAAUCUUGGCGAUUCAGCGCUAUCCGGAAAGGUUGCUACAGGAGCCAGCACCUUUGUCGUGGCCUAUGCAGUCCAUAAAGUCUUUGCUCCAGUUCGCAUUAGCAUUACCCUUGGCGCGACGCCAUUCAUUGUGAGAUAUUUGAGGAAGCGCGGAAUAUUGAAAGUUAAGAGCAAGAGCUUAUAAAAAAGCUUAUUUAUCGAAUGCAAUUUAACAUAUCUUUUUAAUAAAGUUUAUUUUUUGGAAGUA